AUGGGUUGUGUAUCCUCUAGAGGAAGAACAUAUCCAGAACAUGAAGAUCCAUUCAUUCUUGCAUCAGAAACGACUUUUAGUAUCAGUGAAGUUGAAGCCUUGUUUGAACUUUUUAAUAGCAUAAGUACGUCUAUAGUUGAUGAUGAACUAAUAAGCAAGGAAGAAUUUCAAUUGGCAAUUUUCAAUAAUAGAGCAAAGGAAAAUCUCUUUACAAGUCGGAUCUUUGAUCUAUUUGAUGUGAAAGGGAGAGGAGGAAUUGGCUUUGGUGAUUUUGUAAGAGCACUCAAUGUCUUUCACCCAAAGGCGUCACGAGAAGCCAAGAUAGAUUUUUCCUUCCGGCUUUAUGAUUUGCACAAUUCAGGAUUUAUAGAGCGUCAUGAAGUCAAAGAAAUGAUAAAUGCAAUUUUAUGUGAAUCUGAAAUUAAGUUAAGUGAUGAUAUGGUAGAAACAAUUGUUGAGAAGACAUUCUUGGAUGCUGACCCAAACCAUGAUGGAAAAAUAGACAAAUCCGAGUGGGAAAAUUUUGUUUUUAAAAACAUGUCAUUGUUAAAAAUCAUGACACUGCCCUAUCUGACGGACAUAACAACAAGUUUUCCUAAUUUUGUAUUUAACUCCAAGUUGGAUGAUGAUAUUGUUCCUUGA